GCUAGCCCCGCCCCCCGGCGCGCGGGCAUUCGGGAGACACCUGGUUGUGGGCGUCUGCGACGUGCGUGGUGUGGUCUGCGCCGGGGUCCGAGCAGGACUGAUUGGGCGGCGGGAGCCGUCACAGGAAAUAAGUGACCAUGGUGCUCAAUAGUUUGGAUAAGAUGAUUCAACUCCAGAAAAACACGGCUAACAUUCGGAAUAUCUGUGUUUUGGCUCACGUAGACCAUGGAAAAACUACUCUGGCUGACUGUCUUAUAUCUAGCAAUGGAAUCAUCUCCAGCCGCCUGGCAGGCAAGUUGAGGUACAUGGACAGCAGAGAAGACGAGCAGGUCCGAGGGAUCACUAUGAAAUCCAGUGCCAUCUCUCUGCAUUACGCGGAAGGCAAUGAGGAGUACCUGAUUAACCUUAUAGACUCUCCAGGCCACGUGGAUUUCUCCUCAGAAGUGUCCACGGCUGUUCGUAUCUGUGACGGGUGCAUCAUCGUAGUGGACGCUGUGGAAGGGGUCUGCCCGCAGACACAGGCAGUUCUGCGGCAAGCCUGGCUCGAAAACAUCCGUCCGGUUUUAGUGAUCAAUAAGAUAGAUCGCUUGAUAGUGGAACUGAAAUUCACCCCACAGGAGGCCUACUGUCACCUUAAGAAUAUAUUAGAACAGAUUAAUGCACUCACAGGAACUCUUUUUACUUCUAAAGUGCUAGAAGAAAGAGCGGAGAGAGAGGCUGAAUCUCAGGUGAACCCGAAUUCUGAACAAGGAGAGCAGGUGUAUGACUGGAGCACUGGCUUGGAGGACACGGAUGACUCCCACCUGUACUUCUCACCUGACCAGGGGAAUGUGGUGUUUACAAGUGCAAUAGAUGGGUGGGGCUUUGGAAUUGAGCACUUUGCCAAAAUCUACAGUCAAAAAACUGGCAUCAGAAAGGAAGUUCUUUUGAAAACAUUGUGGGGAGAUUAUUAUAUAAAUAUGAAGGCUAAGAAGAUUAUGAAGGUGGAUCAGGCAAAAGGAAAGAAACCUUUAUUUGUACAGUUGAUCCUGGAAAAUAUAUGGAGUUUGUAUGAUGCUCUCUUGAAAAAGGACAAAGAAAAAACUGAUAAAAUCGUGACUUCUUUAGGAUUAAAAAUCGGAGCCCGAGAGGCACGGCAUUCAGAUCCUAGAGUUCAGAUCAAUGCUAUCUGCAGUCAGUGGCUGCCCAUAUCUCAAGCUGUUCUUGCUAUGGUGUGUCAGAAGCUUCCUAGUCCUCUCGACAUUACAGCUGAGAGAGUGGAGAAGCUGAUGUGUGCGGGAUCACAGACUUUUGAUUCUCUCCCACCAGAAACCCAGGCCCUGAAAGCAGCUUUUAUGAAAUGUGGAAGUGAAGAUACCGCUCCAGUUAUUAUCUUUGUUUCCAAAAUGUUUGCAGUUGAUGCUAAGGCUUUGCCUCAGAAUAAGCCAAGACCUCUCACUCAGGAGGAGAUUGCUGAGAGGCGAGAGCGUGCAAGACGAAGGCACGCGGAGAAGUUGGCAGCGGCGCAGGGCCAGGCACCCAUGGAGCCCACCCAAGAUGCAGGCGCCCUUGAAAUGAGUUCACAGGGAGAAGAGCCAAAAGGUGAUGAGCAGGAGGUGGAAAGUGAGACCCCCAAACCCGUGCCCCCGGAAGAAAGUGAGCAGGAGUCUUUUAUCGCCUUCGCUCGAGUGUUCAGUGGUGUGGCACGAAGAGGAAAGAGAAUUUUUGUCCUGGGACCCAAAUACAGUCCUCUUGAGUUUUUGCAGCAGGUGCCAUUAGGCUUCUCAGCUCCAUUAGAGGACCUUCCCCCGGUCCCCCACAUGGCGUGCUGUACGUUGGAAAACCUGUACCUUCUGAUGGGAAGGGAACUGGAAGACCUCGAGGAGGUGCCUCCAGGAAACGUGCUAGGAAUUGGAGGCCUUCAGGACUUCGUGCUGAAGUCGGCCACACUGUGUUCCUCACCAUCCUGCCCCCCAUUCAUACCUCUCAACUUCGAAGCCACCCCUAUUGUGAGGGUUGCUAUUGAACCAAAACACCCAAGUGAAAUGCCUCAACUCGUCAAAGGAAUGAAACUGUUAAACCAAGCUGAUCCUUGUGUCCAGAUUUUAAUUCAGGAAACAGGAGAGCACGUUUUAGUCACAGCAGGGGAAGUGCACCUUCAGCGCUGCCUGGAUGACCUAAAAGAAAGGUUUGCAAAGAUUCAAAUCAGUGUAUCUGAACCCAUCAUUCCAUUCAGAGAAACAAUCACAAAACCCCCGAAAGUCGACAUGGUCAAUGAAGAAAUCGGCAAACAACAGAAAGUUGCGGUCAUCCACCAAACAAAGGAGGAUCAGAGCAAAAUCCCUGAAGGAAUCCAGGUUGACUCCGAUGGGCUCAUCACCAUGACGACUCCCAACAAACUUGCCACUCUCAGUGUCCGAGCCCUGCCGCUCCCAGAGGAGGUCACUCAGAUUCUAGAAGAAAGCAGUGACCUGAUUCGUUCUAUGGAGCAGUUAACGUCCUCUCUAAACGAGGGCAAAAAUAAUUCUCAGAUGAUCCAUCAGAAGACCCAAGAGAAAAUCUGGGAAUUCAAAGGAAAGCUCGAGCACCACCUCACCGGGAGGAAGUGGAGGAACACAGUGGACCAAAUCUGGUCAUUUGGCCCAAGAAAAUGUGGGCCCAACAUACUAGUAAAUAAAAGUGAGGAUUUUCAGAAUUCAGUGUGGACAGGCUUCAAUGGCAAAGCUUCAAAAGAAGCCAGUCGGUACCGAGACCUGGGCAACAGCAUUGUGAGCGGCUUCCAGCUAGCCACCCUCUCUGGCCCCAUGUGCGAGGAGCCGCUCAUGGGUGUGUGUUUCGUCCUGGAAAAAUGGGACCUGAGUAAGUUUGAAGAACAGACAGCAAGUAAUAAACAGAGUCAAGAACCGGGUGAUCUGGCGAAGGAGGGUCAGGGGGAAGGUGACACCCGCUCAUGUAGAGACGAACAGCAGGAGCUGCAAGACCAUGGCUCUGAGCCCUUUGAGAAAAGGGCUUCCCAGAGAGGAGAGUCUCCACUCACUGACUGCUACGGGCCCUUCUCAGGGCAGCUCAUAGCCACCAUGAAGGAAGCCUGUCGCUACGCACUGCAGGUGAAGCCGCAGCGACUAAUGGCAGCGAUGUACACAUGCGACAUCAUGGCCACCAGUGAUGUUCUCGGUCGGGUCUACGCGGUCCUGUCAAAGAGAGAAGGACGAGUGCUGCAGGAGGAGAUGAAAGAGGGGACAGACAUGUUCAUCAUCAAGGCCGUGCUGCCCGUGGCUGAGAGCUUCGGCUUUGCCGAUGAGAUCCGGAAAAGGACCAGUGGCCUGGCCAGCCCACAGCUGGUGUUCAGCCACUGGGAGAUCAUCCCCAGCGACCCCUUCUGGGUACCAACCACCGAGGAGGAGUACCUGCACUUUGGGGAAAAGGCCGAUUCCGAGAACCAGGCCCGGAAGUACAUGAACGCAGUGCGGAAGCGGAAGGGUCUCUAUGUGGAAGAGAAGAUUGUGGAGCACGCAGAAAAGCAGAGAACCCUCAGCAAGAAUAAGUAACCAGCCCUGCUGGCUGAUCCUUCCCUUUGUAAUAAAUGAGGAAAGGUCACCCAGGCUUUGAUACUGGGAAAAUUUCUUUAUGCUGCGUCAUCUCUGCAUUCACUUUCAAUAAAGUUGAUUGGUAUAAUAUUUUA